CUUAGAAAAACUAGUUUGUUGUUUGAGACAAAUGUCAACUCGUAGUUAUGCUUUUGGAAGACCUGAUGAGGCUACACAUCCAGAUUCUCUUAGAGCUACCUUAGCUGAAUUUGCUUCCACUUUCAUCUUUGUCUUUGCUGGAGAAGGCUCUGGCCUUGCUUUAGUUAAGAUAUACCAAGAUUCAGCUUUCUCAGCUGGUGAAUUGUUGACAGUUGCACUAGCUCAUGCUUUUGCUCUAUUUGCUGCUGUGUCUUCUAGCAUGCAUGUAUCUGGUGGACAUGUGAAUCCUGUUGUCACAUUUGGUGCUCUUUUAGGUGGCAUAAUCUUUGUCAUUCGUGCUGUUUACUAUUGGGUUGCUAAACUGUUAGGUGCUAUUGUUGCUGCACUCUUGCUUAGGCUUGUCACUAAUAACAUGGUAAGCAUUUAUUUUCAUCAUCUCUGAAGUCUGGUUGAAUUG